CGCACAGUCGAGCCACAAGAUGCGCACUAGGCGCUACAGCUUGGGAGGAGCUUGGGAUUUUCCCCCCUUGUUUCACACCACUCUCGAGUGAAGACUGCAAAAGGAGAUAGAAAGGGGAAAGGUGUCAGCACAGCCCUAUAUCUGGCAUCUUCAGACAAAAUGAGCCCACCAGACACAUCCAACAACACAGGAGAAGGUGAGGCUGCUGAAACUGAUGCCUGGAAUCUGCUUAAUGACAGCAUGGGCUUACACCCACCUGGUUUCCACACGGACAUCACCAAGCACCUUGGCGUCCAGAUCACCCUGAUUACAGCCUACUCCUUAAUCAUCCUGCUGGGGCUGCUGGGGAACGCUCUUGUCAUUUAUAUGAUCAUCCGCUACAGAAACAUGCGAACAGUGACCAACUUCUUCAUAGCUAACUUGGCCCUUGCAGACCUCCUGGUAGACACUCUGUGCUUGCCCUUCACUCUGGUCUACACGCUGCUAGAUGAGUGGAAGUUUGGGGCUGUGCUGUGCCACAUGGUGCCCUUUGCCCAGGCCUUGAGUGUGCAUGUAUCCAUCCUGACCAUGACUGUCAUAGCUCUGGAGCGUUACCGCUGCAUCGUCUUCCACCUUGGUCGGCGUCUCACAUGGCAUUCCAGCUUCCUCAUUAUGGCAUUCACCUGGACUAUGUCUGCUGUCCUGGCAGCACCCCUGGCCAUCUUCAGAGAGUACCGCCAUGAAGAGAUUCCUUCCAUCAACCUCCGCAUUGCUGUCUGCUCUGAGAAGUGGCCCCAUGGGACCAGCAGGGAUGGAGUCAUCUACAGCCUCUCAAUGCUGCUCCUACAGUACAUUAUUCCUUUAGCCAUCAUCAGUUACGCUUACAUCUGCAUCUGGGUCAAGCUGAAGAAUCACAUCAGCCCGUCCAGCCGCAGUGACAGCAUCAACCGGCGCAAAAAGACCACCAAGAUGUUGGCCCUUGUGGUGGUGGUGUUUGCUAUUUGCUGGCUACCUUUCCACGUGUUCCAGCUGGCCAGUGAUCUUGACUUGGUGCUCAGGUUUAAGGAGUACAAACUGAUAUACACAGUGUUCCAUAUUGUGGCAAUGUGUUCAACUUUUACCAACCCUCUCCUGUAUGGGUGGAUGAAUAAAAACUAUAGGAACGGCUUCCUCAUGGUCUUCCGUUGUGAGGAUAAGCCAGAUUCUUUCCACCCUGAGGGCUCAUUCAGGACACGUUCCAUAAGAAGGCUGACUCUGAACGGUCGCAAUGGUGGACACCCACCUACUGCUGUAUGAGAUUAACAAAAAUUUAAAAAGCCUGUAGAAUAUGACUGAACACGCUGAACGCACCUGUGGUUCGUGGUGCUUGUGGUUCAAAAGUAGCCUUUUGACUUGAAUGGUCUGUUCUUGAGUAUCUUUGAUGUCACUGGAGAGGGCUCAAAGCUUUGCAUGCAGAUUGCUUGAUGUAAAGCUCUUCUUUCCUUUGUGAAUGGUACUAGUGAAAAUAUAUUUGUCGACUGUAUUCAGUUAUGUGUUUAAGAUGUUUACUAGGGUGUUAAUUAUCUCGGUACAACGUAUAAUGUGUUUCCUGUAAAUGCAGAGCUCUUGUUGGUAAAUAACGUCCAAUUAAUUACGCACUGCAUUGCAUACAUUUGCCAAUCUGAGGCUAUUAAUGUGUUUACUGAAGGGAAGAUGAUUAUUGUGACUGUAUGAACAGUUGUUCACUAUUGUUUUUUCUAUUUGUUGACGUUUGGAUGAUUUUCACAUAAUUACUCCAAAUGCUUCAUUUUGGAUUUAUUACAAUGUCUGUGCAGAAUAACAGUCAAGCCUUGUCCAAGGAAUCCUGAGAAGGCCUGUUUUUUUGUCCAAGCAGGAUGUUAAUUUUGUUCUCCUGGCAACAAGCUGUUCCUGAUUAGAUGGACCAGCAGGACUCUGCGUCCAGAGGAACGGGAGUUAAAAACCACUGGGCUGUGUGAAGUGAGAGCAACACAUUUUUAAUAUCUUCAUCACAGAAUGUGGGGCAGGAGUCAGCUGCUUUGAGGAUAUGUAAAAAAAAAAAAAAAAAUUUGAUUGGGAGGAUGUCAGAAUGUGCAAUUCUAUAUUCAUUACACUCAGCUGCUAAAGUGUCCUUUGUUGGUGGUCUUUUAAUUAUGAACACGCAAACAUUAAUCAGCCACAGGGCCUGUGGGCACACAUAUUGAGCCCCCGUUGCACAUGCAACUCCCAGAGUCAAUUUGACCAUCAGGAGAAAUGACAGUUAGUGCCUCCAUGCAAGAUAAAGAGAGCUUGACUUGGACCCCUUAAUUGCAGUAAGGUAAUAAUAUUGUAAAUGUCUGUGGGUUAUUGGCUGGGUGAAUACUAGUACAACUUCAAAAUAGUGAAACCUUUUCUAUUCAAAACUUUUGAGAUCUACAAUAGUCUGGAGCCCUGGUACAUGUACCCUGCAUUCCUCGUGUACAACAGGAAAGAUAAACUUAAACUCCUAGUCCCAAACAGUCAGUGCAAGGGGAAAUAGAAGCAAUGUCUUUCUUUUUUCUUUUUCUUUUCUUUUUUUUUUUUUUUUUUUUUACAAAAAAGCAAGGUUCAUAAAAAUGUGACAUAAACUUUCAUACUGCAUUCUGAAAAAAGAGGCAAAAGACAUAACAUCUAAUAAAGCAUUUAAUGAACAAGCAGACAAAUGUGGCCUACGCAGUGAUUCAUUUUACAGCAGCAAAAAUACAUAUUGGUUAUGUAUUUCCUGUUCUUGACACCCACAUUACUGAUUUCAUGGCUUAGCCUAUAUUCCACACUGUAGACUAAUAUAGAAACUGUAGGCCUAAGGCUUUAUCAGGACUGCUAGCAGACAAACAUUGAGCUCAGACCCAGUAGGCAUUUGACCUAAUGUGUGAAAUUUUUAUCUGCAGACUGGAGAUGUCUUGAGGGGUGAUUUUAGCUAUGCAGAAUAGAUUAUCCAUCUUUCUCCAGUGUAGUUUGCUAAAGGGGAUAUAAAACAACAAAAAUAGUAAGGAAAUCAAAUUAACGAUUAAAAUACUUUUUACCCUCGAGUUGAAAGUAGGUUUUCUGAGCCACACUCUCUUCAGUGAGCCUUACAUAUGUCACUUCCAGUUGUUUUG